GGGUUUCUUUGCAUUUCUAGAUUAGACUUGUAUUUUCCUUUUAACAAACCUAUUUGUGUUAAGAAAGAUUUAAUAAGCCAGCGACGAUUUAUCAGCCUCUCCUUAAAAAAAUUUGGGACGAAAAUGUGGAAGCUAACGAGCGAUGGAAGGAAGAAAGUAAUUUAUUACGUGAUGUUGUUCCUCUACGCAGCGUUCAUAAUUGCAUACGUGGUUGGCGCUUUCGAUUUUCUUUUCCACUAUGAUAAUAAAUGGGCCGCUGCAGGUUUUUUUGUUGUCGUUUUCCUCAUCGGUAUACGUUUCUGGAUGUAUUAUCAAUCGCGUUAUACACUAUACGCCAGAUUCCCAUAUGGGAGCAAGGCUCGUAUAUGCUUCUAUAUCGUCUUCAUGUGCCUUGGGUUCGUCGGUGUUGGACUUGGAAUCUGGUUGAUGAUAAGGGGUCUCAAGUUGAAGCAGAGGUGGGACGGAAAAAGUUAUUUCUGCUCUAUGAUCGGUAUGUUCAUGAUGGGAAAAUGGGCUUUUUUCCUAUCACUAGCCAUGUACCUCAAUCAUCCACUAAGCAUCCCGGAGGAAGAGGAGAAGAAAUCCCCAGGUUGCGUAUAAAUUAAUCGCUAUUGAAGCUUUUAUGAUUUGAAAACACCAUGACUCCUGUGGGCAUCUGGUUUCUUGAGGUUAAUGUAAUGAAGAAUCAGAAAAGUUUUUCCUAACUAAUUUAAGUUCACCCGUUCUGGGGGAAUGCAGUUAUUAAUUUUAUUAUACGUUUGUUUAUGUUGUGUAUAUAGGAUUUAAAGCCUAGUAAUUUAUUUAAGAAAAAUUGGAAAAAAAUUCUAUUUAGUGAAUGAAUAUGAAUUAUAAUUGAGUUUGGUAUGGACCAUAGUUGUUCUGAAUCUGUGAAUUGGUAUAGCUUCUGUGAAAAAUAUGGAUAGCUAUUCCAAGUGAGAAAAUAGGUAAAUAAUUAUUUAAUUUGGUCUUUGUUUUUUUGAUGCAACAUAUUUUCAACAAGUAUUGGAGAUCACUAUUCAGUGAUUAAAAUUUAGGUAAGUCAACAUCCAAAUACAACUUUUUAAAGCAUGGUAUAAAUGAAAAAAUCAGGAUUUAAUUUUGGUACGAAUUAUUAAAAAUAAGAUAAUAUUACGAUUCUAUUAUUUUUUACGAGAAUGAGAAA